AUGGCGGCACAGAUGCUGCCAAUGCACAACGAUACAGGUGCAUCAACAUUUGACGAUUAUGAUACGCCUCACGAUACCGGCAUGCCCGCCAUCCUCGCCGGCAUCCUCGUCCCCCACAUCAUCUGCACCAUCGUCAUCAUCGGCCGCGUCAUCUCGCGCCUCCAUCGCCGCCUACACCCCGACAUCCUGCUCGCCCCGGACGAGCGCGACCUGCAGCACGACCUCGACCUCGCCACCGCCGACGGCGGGCCCGGCUCCGUCCACCCUUACAUCAUGCGCACCUACCUCGGCCUCAUCUUUUACCAGCUGUGCCUGUGCCUGACCAAGCUGUCCGUCCUCACCUUUUACCUGCGCAUGUUUAGCGGCAAACGUCGCGAGCGCUGGCUCGCCCGCGCCACCAUCGCCUUUGUCCUGCUCUACGGCGUGCCCCUGCUCUUCGUCAGCGUGUUCCAGUGCCACCCCCAGGAGGGCGAGUUCUUCGGCCGCCCCAUGCGCUGCGUCGGCUUCGCGCCCCUCCUCAUCUCCAGCGCGAGCCUGCACACCGCCACCGACGCCUGGAUCAUCAUCAUGGUGAUCCCCCUGUCCAUCUUCGUCAUCGCCGCCUCGUUACUCCGCCUGCAGCUCAGCUUGCACCGGCACUUCCAGCCGGGCAGCGUGGGCGUCACCAACACGCUCGCCUUCUUCGUCAUGACGAUUCUCGAGUGCGACGUCGCCCUCAUUUGCGCGAGCGCUCCCAUGCUCAGGCCCGUCCUCGCGAGGGUGUGGCCGAGGAUGAUGGGCGAUGCCCAGGCGACGGGAAGGGUGGUUGGCGGCCGCCGGAAAGGGGCUCGCGCCGGGAAGAGGAGGAGCGCGAGGCCGCUGCGAGACGUGAGCGAUGACGAGAGCGUGGACCUGACGACCAUGGUUAGCUAUCGAGGCUAUCCUUGGAGGCGGUCGCGGGUACUCAACGACGACCAUGGCCAUGGCCAUGGCCACGAUGCGUCGAAAUCAACAAAAGAAGCUGCUGGCCAAGGGCGCGUUUACGGUCUCUGGAGGACGGGCGACGCGGCCAACACGGCACCCGAGAUGACGGAGGUGGACCUCGAGAAUAAUAAUACCAACAACAAUAAUAGCAGUAGCACGAAAAUGGAGGCAGCGAACUCGGAGCGUGGGAUGACACAGCUCAGCCUCCGCUCCCUGUUCGGGAGCACGAGACGCCUUGCCCAGCAAGCGCCCGGUCUGCAGCAAUACAGGGACAACGAGAUUCAAACCAUAGUACUGGCUCUCGUACCAGCAAACGCCGCCUCCGCCCCUGCCGACACAUCAAAAGGGAGACAAGACGGGGCGGAGGAAGAAGCGCGAGAGCGAGAUGUCGGAGGCGCGCUGGGCCAGGAGCCAGGAGAGCUUCGUCCUGGGGAUCAACGACCCCAGGAACUCGAGCAGGAUGUCCCCGUCUCGGGGCUCAGUGGGGAAACCUAUGCCGUGUCUCUCGACGACGACGACGAGGACAGGGUGGGGAGGCUAUCGAUGAGACCAAGACUCGACCGGCGUCCAGAAUAG